AUGGAUCCACAUCAACAUAAGAAUAUGCGAUUCACUUGCAUGGCAUCUAUUACUGAUUAUGAUCUCUUUAAUGGGUGGUGGUCCAAAACAUGCCCAAAAUGCACUAAAACACUCUCAGGACCAUCAGACAACCUCAGAUGCUUUGAACAUGGAACUCCAGACUCUGCACCAAUUCCAUCGUUUAAAGUGAACUGCAUUGUAACUGAUGACAAAGAUGUCACAAACUUCUUCUUAUCUGGAAAAACUGCUGAGAACUUUUUCAACGCCUCAGCACAUCAUCUGGUUUAUGACAAGAAAUAUGUUGAUCCUUAUACAGUCCCACCACAAAUGACUGAAGUAUUGAACAAGAUGAAAAUCUUUCAACUACGUUUCGGGGCUUAUAAAUCAGCAAUCAACAGAUGUGACAUCUUUGUUACAAAUGUUUUUGACGAAGGCAUCAAACAGUCUUCAGAGAUUCAAUCAGAACAAUUUGGUGCUGGGUCCUCAACCACUCCUACAACCAUUACUAUUGAAAACUCAUCAAUAGUUCAAGCGGACACGCUUACUCCAAUAACACCACCUGACAGCACUCCACCAUCUCAACACCAAGAAGACAGUUACCGCCUAAAGGCUAAGAAAAGUUUAGAUUUCACCGAUCCUCAUUCAGAAAAAAUUCAUCUAAAACAGAAAUCAAUCAUUCUCGAUGAAGAAGAUGAACCACCAACUAAAAGAAACAAAGACAACCUUUCUCCAUCAUCAGAGAUGCACACUGAUGAUUUUUUCUCUUCUGCAAUUGACAUUAUUGCCUAA